ACUGACAGCGCGCAAUCAACCGAUUUCGCAUACGGCAGGGGAGACGAAGUGAAUCCGUCGGAAUUUGCACGGAAAUAAUUCCUAUUUUUUUAUAAGUUACUCGUAUUUUUGCAUUAUUUUAGUUAUUGAAUUUUGAAGUGAAAAUGGCGUUAAAUCCACAGUACGAGGAUAUUGGUAAAGGAUUUGUGCAACAAUACUAUGCGACAUUUGACGAUCCCAACCUCAGAGCGAAUGUGGCCAAUUUCUACAGUGCGACCGAAUCAUUCAUGUCCUUUGAAGGCGUACAAUUGCAAGGAGCACCUAAAAUAAUGGAAAAGUUGUCUAGUUUGUCGUUCCAAAAAAUAUCGAGGGUUAUAACAGCAGUAGAUUCACAACCAAUGUUUGAUGGAGGCGUAUUAAUCAAUGUAUUAGGAAGACUCAAGACCGAUGAUGACCAGCCACAUGCGUAUAUUCAAACAUUUGUUCUUAAGCCUGUGGGUGGUAGUUUCUUCGUACAACAUGAUAUUUUCAGGCUAUCCCUACACGACGUAUAGUUAUAUGGAAAAUAUGCACUGCGUGCACUGCCCUUAACUCACGCUUGACAGUGGACGCUACAGUUACUGCUGCGAUAAUAGAUACAUUUUAAUAAACUAUGCUAAUUUGCUAACGUAUGUUACCUUAAAUAACGAUAACAAAAAAGGAAAUCUAAAAGCCAAUUAUACAAAAAUUGCAAUAAUUUAGAAUAAUAAAUUUGACUGAUUAGUGA